CUAGAACCUUCCUCCAAAUGUGUAAAUACACUAACACAAACUGUUGCUAAAUAGACAAAAUUAUCCACUUAAAGUAAAUUUUCCUUUUAAGUUCCUCUUGGCUCCAUAGUUAAAUUUAAUUUUAUCUAAACGCAUUCGAGAAUAUUUCGGUAUGAAUAUAUGGUUUGCUUUGUUAAUCAUUUUAGACAUAUCGUUUGCCCAAAAUGUUACUCACAACGGUGGAAAAAGUUAUUUCUUUAAAAUGGGAAAAAACAGCAACGAAUUUCGUGUGAAUAAUAGAAUUAUGUAUCUUAAUCACAAUAUUACCGAUUUGGAAUUGCCUGUAAUAAACAACAAACGGAUGCAUCAGACUCAAACUGUAGAAAAAUUACCUAAGCAAGAUUUCAACCUAUUUUUGGACGAGGAAUGGAACUACGACCAUUCUAAAAAUUUCAACAAAAGUCACCUUCCAAUGUUCCUAAAAAAAUUCUACGAGGAAUCAGUAGCGGCGCCAGAAUCAACAGUAACAACCAGAAUCUUAUUCAACGCAAACAGAAACGAAACUAGUCCAAUUUUGAAAUUUAAUCUACACAGUCUUAAUCCAGAAGACAUUAUAUUAGAUGCCGAAUUAUACUUUUAUUGGGAUUUGAAGAAUAGCUCGCAAAUUUUCAGGGAAUCGGCAGUUUUGCGGUUGUAUCAAUUUGAGAAGCGUAAUGAAGAUUUUAAUGAAAGUAACUUUAUGCAAAAUCCGGAUAUUCACAAAUUGUUUAAUGUUAUUUAUGUUUCUAAAGCACAUAAAGGGUGGCAGAUGUUCAAAGUAAAAAAACCCAUCGAUAACUGGUUAAAUGGUGAAGAAAACCUAGGACUGAUUUUAACGAUUUCAAGUUAUGAUACAAAUGAGUUAAUAGAAAUUUUUAACGAUACUCAUACUGGCAAUUUUAGUACAUUUAUUAUAGUGAAAUCACAAAAUAACGAUUCUCAAUCCGAAACUAAUGAAAUCGCCACGGUAGAUCGUGUAGAUCCCUUUUCGCAGUGCCAGCGUCAAAGUUGGAUAAUCAACUUCAAUCAGAUGGGAUGGGAUAAAUUCGUAAUACAACCAGAAGAAUUUACGGCAUAUGAUUGUGUCGGGAAAUGCGUUAAAGUCACAGAAAAUGAUACAAAUCAUGCGAAAUUUUUGUAUAUGUUUCAAAAACGAAUGGCUUGUUGUGUACCAACGAGAUAUUUGCCUUUGACUGUUAUGUUUUUUGAUAAAUAUGGAGAUAUUGCUAUUAAAAAUUAUGAUAAAGCUAUUGUAACAGGUUGCGAGUGCAGGUAAUUUUGUUACUCAAUUAUUAUUCUUUAUUAAUGAAUCGAAAAA